UUACCGUCCGAGUUAAAUAGUCGACCUAUCAUUGUUGACAGUUUUCAGGGAAAGCUUCCUGCAGCUGUUGCGAGAAACAAACGCUCUUUCUCGUUACAGCUUUUCAACUGUUUAUUUUCCGCGGAAUAUUUAUACUUUUGUUCGUAGAUAGUGAUUAGAAAAUUAUAUAAAAUAAAUCUAUAUUAGGCACGAAUUUGCGCUGGCGUAAAAGUUCGAGCAGAGAAAAUGAGUGGUAGAUCACAAAUGACAACUAUGAAUGGAAAAAGACCAUCUUCGAUCCCAUCAAGACAUCAGUCUGAAACUGUAGCUCAGCAUUUCGACUUAAUUAAGUACAUUUAUGAUUCAUGGAAUACAGUAUCAAGAGAAUUAGAUAUGUGUCAUAAUCAACCGCACGGUAAUUCUUCAAAUUAUAGAAAUGGUGCAUCUGUUACAUAUUAUCAAGAAAGAGAACCAAAUCCACAACUAAAAGAUUUUGAACCAUUUAACCUUGAAGCUUGGUGGGGACAACGUGUUGUUCAAAGUAUCACUAGAAAUGCAAACUCCUAGUGCCAGGCUCAACACAUUGAUUAUAAUCGAACAUUUUCAAAUAGACAUAAAAAACAGAAAGGAUAAAUUCAGAGCUGCCGGAGAAAAUUCUUUCCAUUUCUAGAAAUGAUUUAUUAUAUUGAAAAAUAUAUUGAAAAAAUAAGUGAUGGGAAGGAAUAUAGUAUAGGUAAAAAUAAGUAUCUAGCAAUCAAUUUUGAAUCUUUUUUAUAACAAAGAUAGGAUAUUAGCAAAUAAUCAAAGAUGAUGAGAAAAAAGAGAAAGGAAAAGAGCAGGGUUAUGGAAACAUACGCAUUAGUAUGAAAAUGACAUUCCUCUAAUCUUUUAUCGUAUUUUAACAUAAUGUUGCCUUUUCCUGGACCUUUUUACUCAUCGUGUUUUUAAAAGUAUUUUACAUAAAAACAUUGGAACUAAACUGUUUCUGAUAUUGUCUUUCUAAGAUUUGAGAUUUAACGCGAUGAAUAAUUAAGAAAUAUAGUGCAUGCUAAAACUAUUUAUUUUAUUUGCCAAAGGCAAACAUAAUUGUAAGAAAUAGUUUAUAUUAUAAAUCAAAUUUUCAUUGUUACUUAAUGAAAAACUUAAAAAUAAUUCCUCUUUUAAUCGUAUUGUAAUUAAAAUUCGAAUAUAGAAUAUUGAAUUAAGAACAUAUGGAUUAUAUAUAUAAAUUCUAUAUAUUUCAAUUGAAGAAGAAGUAUAUGUGAAAAAAUUGAAGAACUAUCUUUUAAGGUUUAUGCAUAUACGUAUUUUUCCACGAAUUGCAUUUCACAUUUUUAAUAAAUUUUUUCCAUUUGCACAUGUGUAAUGAAAUUGCACUUCUAUGUAAAAAAAAAAAAAAAAGAUAAAUGUGGAGGAUAAAUAUGUUUUGAGAUUCUCUAAAAAAAAAUUUAUUCACGUAUGAGAAUAGUGUAGAAUGCACCUUUAUUUCUAACAAAAAGAAAUAAAUAUUUAAUUCUUAAUGAAAAUAAUGUGAUAAUUAUUACAAUUUUAAAUACAAUUAAAUCUAUACAAUUAUGUACAUUUAUUAUGUAUGUAUGUAUGUAUGUAAUGUACAUCUGUGCGUGUAUAGAUAUAAUGUAAGAUUUAACUUACAAUAUUUUUAACGAUUUAAGGAACAAUAAUGAUUAACAUUUUUCUAAACUUGUGGACAUCUUUACCAAUUAUUCCUAGCGGUAUUUUUUUAUGUACAAUUGAAUAGAACAAGUAUUAUUACAUUUAUGAUAACAAAUCUAGUUUGAUACUGUUAUGAGUUAAAAAUAUCUUUGUAAUAUUAAAAAUUCUUGCACUUGAAAGAAUGGUAAAAAUUGUUGUGCACAAAUGUUAUCGAGUCAAUAUCUUGAUACGAUUUAACUUUUCAACAUUUCUAUACGAAUGUGAAUCCUUAAUGAUCAUUGUUUCAACUUGAUUUAAUGCAUUGAGUUUCAAAGUGUUAACAGUUCGUUCCAAAUUACAGAGACUUCUUUCUAUUGCACGUUUUUCACUAUUGAGCAUCUAUAUUUAAUUAAAGAAUCAAGUUGAUAUUUUAUACCAGACAUCAUUCUGAUGAAAUCGAUGUACGUUUUUGCAAUUAUGAAAUAUUGUAUGAAAUAUAUAGUAUAUAAGAAUAUAAGAAAUAUAAUAUAAACGAUUUCAUAUUUUAGUUUUCGCGACUAAUAUUUUCGUAAUUUUCGAAUACGAAUCAUAUUUAUAAUGAAAUUAGUUAUAUCUAUUAUUAUCGUGAUAUGAACAUAAUAUACUCUUAGAAUAUAUUUAUAAAAAAAUUAGCAUGUAUAAAAAAUAUCUCUUUUAUAAUUAUAAAUUUUUUUAACUUUUUUGUAAGAUACAAUGUAUUAUUCUUUGUUCAGUAAAUAAUCUAAUUUUUAGAUACUUAAUUCAAAGUAAAAA